UGGCGUUUGGCGGAUGUGACGUCACGCCGAUGGGAUUUGUAGUCCUUUUUGCCAAAGAGGCAUAAACAACGUCCGGCUUUCAUGGUGGCCCAAUAAAGGCAUAUUGCGUCUCAUGGGUCGUUUCUGUCAUGGGGAGCGCACGGAGGUGGGCGAUGUAACCACAACUCCAUGAGCGCUCCCAAAGAAGCUGGCUGGCACUAUUUUCCUGUCACAGUGGAGCUAUCAACACACAGGAAGCUCAAAGUCCUUUGGGGAGCAAAGUCCGAACGACAAGCAUCAUGCUGUUACUGCAGCUCAGGCUCCACUGGAGGAGAAAACUUAAGAGAGAAGAAGCAGAAGAAAAACGUCCUCUUUCGUGCCCCCCUUUCGGCCCUGUGGGAACCAGCAGGAACGCCCCUGGAUUAAGUCCCCGCCUUUAAACUCAAAUAAGUGGGAAACUUCAAAGGACGUCGGGCGCCGUAGCUCCGCCCCCCCGCGGCUUCACAAAGGUUUUGCCUACGUUCGGGAAUUCCGCCUCCACUUCCUUUUAUAGCGCCACUCGUGCGCUGGCACAGCGCCAAGGCCACGCCCACCGCGGCUACUUUCCCAACACAAAGGACUCCGUGAAACUCCCAAGCUCCGCCCCCCUCGCCAAAUAAGGACAGGCGGCCCAUGUAGGGCAAACAAUCGGCGCCAGAUUGCUCUUUCUCUUCCUCAUCCAGUUUAUAUGAUCGGAGCGGCUCGGCGAGGCAGGUCGGAAGCGGUGCGAACAUGGCCGAGCGAGUCCAGCAGCCUCCAGCCAAGCGGCUCUGCUGCCGGCCCGGCUACAACCCGGCGUGCAGACAGGGGCAGCGGGCUGGAGGAGUCCUGUGUGGCGGCGGCUCGGGCUCCGGCUCCGCUCCGGGAGGGUCGGGGCAAAGCGGCAAGGCGCACAACCCGGAGUCGCUGCUCGACAUCGCGGCGCGCAGGGUAGCCGAGAAGUGGCCCUUCCAGCGGGUGGAGGAGCGCUUCGAAAGGAUCCCGGAGCCCGUCCAGCGCCGGAUCGUAUACUGGUCGUUUCCGAGGAGCGAGAAGGAGAUCUGUAUGUACUCGUCUUUCAACGCCGGGGCCGAGGAGAGUGGAACUAGCGGGGACAAUAACGACGAGACCCAGCUGCCUUUCCUGCGAGGUGUCACUCUGCUGGAGGGCGGCUGGGUGGACAACGUACUGCAAGUCGGUUUCCACCUAAGUGGCACAGUAACGGACCCCGCCACUCCUUCAACCCCAGAACUCGUAUGCAGCGUCAGCGUCAGCUUCGACCGCUGCAAGAUCACGGCAGUAACGUGCACGUGCGGCAACAAGGACAUCUUCUACUGCGCUCACGUGGUGGCGCUGUCACUUUACAGAGUGCGCAAACCCGAGCAGGUCAAACUGCACCUGCCUAUUUCGGAAACCUUGUUCCAGAUGAGCAGGGACCAGCUGCAGAAGUUCGUACAGUAUCUAAUUUCGGUUCACCACACCGAAGUGUUGCCUACCGCGCAGAAACUGGCGGACGAGAUCCUGUCGCAAAACUCUGAGAUCAACCAAGUUCAUGGUGCCCCGGACCCUACUGCAGGCGCCAGCGUGGAUGAUGAGAACUGCUGGCAUUUGGAUGAGGAGCAGGUUCAGGAGCAAGUCAAACUCUUCUUGUCCCAGGGAGGAUACCACGGCUCAGGCAAGCAGCUCAACCUGCUAUUCAGCAAGGUGCGAGAGAUGCUGAAGAUGCGUGACUCCAACGGAGCGAGGAUGUUAACACUUAUCACAGAACAAUUCAUGGCCGACCCUCGGCUGGCGCUGUGGAGACAGCAAGGCACCACCAUGACAGACAAGUACAGACAGCUCUGGGAUGAGCUGGGCGCCCUGUGGAUGUGCAUCGUACUGAACCCGCAUUGCAAGGCCGAGCAGAAGAUGUCGUGGCUGCGGCAGCUGCGCCGCUGGAACAGUGUGGACGUGUGCCCUUGGGAGGAUGGAAACCACGGCAACGAGCUGCCCAACCUCACCCACUCGCUGCCUCAGGGUGCCCAUGGCAACCAAGACAUGCGACCCCACAGGACUGUGUUCACGCGGGCCAUCGAGGCCUGUGACCUGCACUGGCAGGACCGGCACCUGCAGCACAUAAUAGCCAGUGACCUCUAUGCCAACUACUGUUACCAUGACAACCAGGAGGGCUCACUCUUCGACUCGCGCGGCUGGCCCUUGUGGCAUGAGCACGUCCCCACAGCCUGCGCCAGGGUGGAUGCGCUGCGUUCCCACGGUUACCCCCGAGAAGCCCUCCGACUGGCCAUCGCCGUGGUGAACACGUUACGGCGGCAACAGCAGCGGCAACUUGAGCACUUCCGCCGACACAAGAAGGAGUUGCUCCACAAGGGCCACACUUCCAUUACCAACAUGGAGGGCUGGGUAGGACACCCCUUGGACCCCAUCGGCACUCUCUUCAGCACCCUGACCGAGUCGGGACGAGGAGGAGAAGAGGGAUCCAAUAUCUGCUUGGACCUCUCAGGUAACCCUGACCACUGCUCCAGUGUGGUGACUCGAGCAGACCUCCAGCGCAUGCCCGUGCAGAGACUGCUGGGCGAUGGCGAGUCGUACGUGGCGCUGGCGGUGGAGACGGCUCUGAUUGGCCUGGGCCAGCAGCGGGUGAUGCCGGACGGGCUGUACGCUCAGGAGAAGGUGUGUCGCAACGAGGAGCAGCUGUUGGCCAAGCUCCAGGAGGUGGAGCUGGACGACUUGCUGGUGAAGAUCUUCCGCAAGCAAGCCGUUUUUCUGCUGGAAGCCGGUCCGUACUCUGGUCUUGGGGAGAUCGUCCAAAGAGAGAGUGUUCCCAUGCACACCUUCGCCCGCUAUCUCUUCACCUCCCUCCUACCUCAUGACGCUGAACUGGCGUACAAAAUUGCACUGAGAGCCAUGCGGUUGCCCGUGUUGGAGUCGACCGCGUCAUCCGGUGACCUGUCAAGGCCUCACCACAUUGUGUCGGUGGUGCCCAACCGCUACCCGCGCUGGUUCACCCUCAGCCACAUCGAGUCUCAGCAGUGUGAGCUGGCCUCCACCAUGCUCACUGCGGCCAAAGGUGACAGUCGCAGGCUGGAGACGGUGCUGGAGUCCAUUCAGAAAAACAUCCACUCCUCGUCUCACAUCUUCAAACUGGCGCAGGACGCGUUCAAGAUCGCCACUCUGAUGGACAGCCUGCCUGACAUCACGCUGCUAAAAGUCGCCCUGGAGCUCGGACUGCAGGUGAUGAGAAUAACUCUGUCCACGUUAAACUGGAGGCGACGAGAAAUGGUGCGCUGGUUAGUCACAUGUGCCACUGAAGUUGGCGUGUACGCGCUGGACAGCAUCAUGCAGAGCUGGUUCACCCUCUUCACCCCCACUGAGGCCACCAGCAUCGUGGCGACCACGGUCAUGUCCAACAGCACCAUCGUGCGCCUGCACCUGGACUGCCACCAGCAGGAGAACCUGGCCUCGUCGGCCCGCACCCUGGCCCUGCAGUGCGCCAUGAAGGACCCCCAGAACUGCGCGCUGUCGGCCCUCACCCUCUGCGAAAAGGACCACAUUGCCUUCGAGACAGCCUACCAGAUUGUACUGGACGCCGCCGCCACGGGGAUGAGCUACACGCAGCUGUUCACCAUCGCCCGCUACAUGGAGCACCGCGGCUACCCGAUGCGGGCGUACAAGCUGGCGACGCUGGCCAUGGCCCACCUGAACCUCAGCUACAACCAGGACACGCACCCCGCCAUCAACGACGUGCUUUGGGCGUGCGCCCUCAGCCACUCGCUGGGCAAGAACGAGCUGGCCGCCGUCAUCCCCCUGGUGGUGAAAAGCGUCAAGUGCGCCACGGUGCUCUCGGACAUUUUGCGGCGGUGCACGCUGACCACGCCGGGCAUGGUGUCGGCGCUGCACAGCCGCAGGAACUCCGGCAAGCUGAUGUCGCUGGACAAGGCGCCGCUCAGGCAGCUGCUGGACGCCACCAUCGGGGCCUACAUCAACACCACGCACUCGCGCCUCACGCACAUCAGCCCGCGCCACUACAGCGAGUUCAUCGAGUUCCUGGGCAAGGCGCGCGAGACGUUCAUGAUGGCGCACGACGGACACAUCCAGUUCACGCAGUUCAUAGACAACCUGAAACAGAUCUACAAGGGCAAAAAGAAACUAAUGAUGCUGGUCAGGGAGCGCUUCGGCUGAGCUCGCACUCUUACCUUUUUUUUUGUUUUUUUUUUAUCAAGUCUGCCUUUUCAACUUCCUUUGGACUACUCGUAAAAAGAGGACGUAGAAAGAAAAAAAAAAAACUCAACAAAGCCACACGCGGUAUUAUUGUUCUUGCUGUUGUUAUGGUUACAAACAUUAUUACUAUUAUUAUUAAUAAUAAUAAUAAUAUUACUACUAUGUGUACAGAAGUGUUUUUAUUUUUCACAAGAGAGGAAAUUGGUCACGUUGUGAAUGUCGUGCGUGCUUCUCUACACGUGUAUGAAAGGAAAAUGGACUUUUUUUUUUUGUGAUUGAAACAUCUUUUUCUUUCUGUGUGCGGCUGAAGGCCUCGUAACAAGCAGCGCUCAUGUUCAAAACAACAACAAAACUGCAUCUUUUCAAAAGAAAACUUAAAAGGCUUUAAAAACACACAGAGCAACCUCCCCCCGUUUGGCCCUCGGGGUCCCACCAGGGGACGCCAGACAGCACUGCACAGCUUAGCUAGGCCCCGAAAGCCAUCGUCAGCAAAUUUUUUUUUUUUCCCGGACAGGCAGCACUUGAACAGCCAUUAAUUAGCUCUUAGAACCAACACACACACAACAAUGCUCUUCGUAACCACCUGUAAUAAUGUGACGCAUGCAGCUACCUACAGUCAUUACAUCUUAUACUAUACACUCACUGGACACACUAUUAGGUACACCAGCAAUACAGAUCGGCCUUGACAAAGAUAUAUGCUCAGUUUUGAUUGACAGUCAGAUGUAUUUAUUCAACCUCGUUAGAAGCCAAAACUCACAAGUGUUUUAGGAUGUCUGAAAACAUCAUAAUUUGUAUUAUUUGUUUAUUAUUAACAGAAUUUGGAUGUCCAUGCCAGUCAUCAAACUGUGACAAUGCAUGACAUGAACCCAAAAAACGCCCCCUAGUGGCUGUGAGCAGCAUAGCGGGUGACUGUAUUUUUAAUGUCCUGCAAGUUCAGUAUUUUAGUAACCAAGCAGUGUUAGGCAAAGAUAUGCAUUAAUUUGGUGCUUUAACUACAAUUGGAAUCGCUGUUUAUUCAAAUUGGAAAUAUAAUGUGAAAUAAAAAUAUAGGAGAUACCGUAUUUUUCGGAGUAUAAGUCCCUACGGAGUAUAAGUCGCACCGGCCGAAAAUGCAUAAUAAAGAAGGAAAAAAACAUAUAUAAGUCGCACUUUUUGGGGGAAAUUUAUUUGAUAAAACCCAACACCAAGAAUAGACAUUUGAAAGGUAAUUUAAAAUAAAUAAAGAAUAGUGAACAACAGGCUGAAUAAGUGUACGUUAUAUGAGGCAUAAAUAACCAACUGAGAACGUGCCUGGUAUGUUAACGUAACAUAUUAUGGUAAGAGUCAUUCAAAUACCUAUAACAUAUAGAACAUGCUAUACGUUUACCAAACAAUCUGUCACUCCUAAUCGCUAAAUCCCAUGAAAUCUUAUACGUCUAGUCUCUUACGUGAAUGAGCUGAAUAAUAUUAUUUGAUAUUUUACAGUAAUGUGUUAAUCAUUUCACACAUAAGUCGCUACUGAGUGUAAGUCGCACCCCUGGCCAAACUAUGAAAAAAACUGCGAUGUAUAGUCCAAAAAAUACGGUGGUACUGUUAAAUGAUAAAAAAUGUUAAAUCAAAUUAAUCCUACUUUUGAUUUUACAGGAUAUUUAACUUAAAAGGACACAAAUGCAAUUGUAUUGUCAGAAUGUCAUCCAGGAAAAAAAUGUUUUUAUGUUUUCCUUUAAGAACGUCAUUUAUUUGUUCAAAACUUGGUUACUGUUUUAUCUAUAAAGUCCAGUAGGGGUGCAUUUUGUAGUGAAAUAUGUCAGCCAGCAGACGUUUGCCUUAACCUGACCACUGAGCGUAUAACAACCCACGCUGCCUUUCCUCUGUUUAAUGUAAAGAAGCAUGUACGGUCAAAAAUUAACAAAAAAACCUCUGAUUAAUCUGCGCAUUAACAUGAUGCACGCAAUAUUUUUUGUGAUUAAUUGCAUGAGCUAAAAAUGUUGUCCGUCUAUCUGUGUUGGCCCUGUGAUGAGGUGGCGACUUGUCCAGGGUGUACCGAAUGCAGCUGGGAUUGGCUCCAGGACCCCCUGCAACCCCAAAGGGACAAGCAGUAGAAAAUGGAUGGACGGAAGUCGUAAUUUUUAACAGCCCUAAUAGAAAUAAGAAUACAAGCUAUUGUUAGGUGACAGCAUGUAUUUUCUUAGUAGUACUGGUCAACAAAAUGCAUGUGUAAUUAUUAUUAUUUUUGUAUUUCUUUUUUGUUUUUGUGUUUUUUAUACUUUUAAUUUUUGUGGGGCUUUUCCCCCCAACAAAGGCCAUGUAUCUCAAAAUCAGAAUCAGAAUAGUUUUUAUUGCCACACUGCAAAAAGCCAUUGUUCAAACACAAAAAUAAAAAAAAAUUAGGGGUAUUCUAUUUGAACUAAGCAAAAUUAUCUGCCAAUAGAACAAGAAAAAUUUGGCUUGUCAAGACUUUCCAAAAAAUUAGCUAACCUCAAUGACGCCCAAAAUACCUUAAAAUAAGUAUAUUCUCACUAAUAAGUGCACUAUUCUUGGUAGAAAAAGACCUUUUUGCUCAAUAUGUUGAAAAAUAUUCUUAAAUGAAGUAAAUGCUAGUGCCAUUAUCUUGACAUAAUGAUAUGCGCUCGGCAUCAUUUUUUUUUUCAUGCUUGAAAUAAGAAAUUAUUACUUUAAAAAAGUAGUUUUAUACUUUUGAGUGUUGAUGACACAGCUUUGCAACAGUUGAUAUUCUAGUUUCAAGCAUGUUUUACUCAAUAUAGGUCAUAAAAUCUCAGCAACAACCUGUAAUAUCUUACUGAGAUCAUUUAGGACCAAAACCCUUAAAACAAGUAAAACACUAACAUAAAAUCUGCUUAGUGAGAAGAAUUAUCGUAUCAGACAGAAAAUAAGCAAAUAUCACCCUUAUUUGAGAUAUUUCAUCUUACUUAGAUUUCAGUUUUUGCAAUGUACUGUUCAACAAAAUGCAUGUGUAAUAUUUUUUUUUUUUUUUUUCGUAUUUAUUUUUUGUUUUUGUGUUUAUUAUACUAUUAAUUUUUGUGGGGCUUUCCCCCCCCCCCCCCCAACAAAGGCCAUGUAUCUCCAAAUGAUUGUUUGUUUGAAUGUUCACAACACUCCAAAAUCUCCCCAAUGGUCACGACGAGACGCACGUAUUGACUCUGCUAUUAUUACCAUUGUGGCUGUCAAUCCAAUGUGGACAUAAGAGCAUCAAUCUCAUUAGGCUCAGUGCAGGUGUACCUAAUGGAGUGGGUGAACAUAAUGGCUGUGCAUAGGGGGGGGAGCCACUACCUCAUGAUGCAGUGUGGAACCUGCUCCCAAUUUAAAUGUGCUGUCAGGAUAUUUUGUCACCAGUCAUCAUCAAUCUAGGGCGGGGCGGGGGGGGGGGGGGUCCACUGCUGGUCAUGUGACCGUGCAUCACUUCCCAUCCCACCCAUCGUCCACAAAUAGGCCAGUGUCAUUGUUUAUGUCCCCCCCCCCCACCCCAUUUCUCUCUCUCUCUCUCUCUCUCUCUCUCUCUGUGUGUGUCAUAGCAAUGAGACUUUCUACUGUUAAAACCUUCACUAAUUGUCCACCGAAACGUUCUCAGGGAUUUUUCUUCACAAUAAGGGAAAAAACAAAAAGGCGGAACAAAAAGACUGACUGCAGGAAAAUUGAAAAAAAAAAAAGAAAAAAAAAACUAGACAUGAGCGAGCAUUUAUUGUACUCUGUAUAUAUGCCAUAGUAUAUGUCUGAAUAUGGAGGAUCUGAAAGUAUAUGUUGACUAAUUUAUACAGAGUAUUCUAUGUCAUGUGAAAUACUUGAAGCCGCUGUAGUUUGCUCUCUCUCUUUCUCUCUCGCUCACUUUCUUUUGUUUUUGUCAUGUGAUGGAACAUAUCAUGUUGGGGGGGGAUGUCGGACUUCAUUCCUGCUGACUCCAGCAAAGAGGAGGUCAAAGCUGGGUGAUGGAUAAAGCGCUUUAAAGAGAAGGACUAAUAAUACGUGUUAGAUGAUUUGAUCGUCCCUCUGCAGUGAAACUACUAGUCUCAUAUCAGUCAGCAAGCCGUCGAAAGGAGGACAUUUUGUAUUGUUUGUAGAACAUUUUAUUUGAUUUUUUAUUUUUGGUGUCUCGACAACAGAAAGAAGUGCAGCCUUUUUCUCUUGCCUUGUCUUCUUAACGCUUUAAAGUAACCAAACAGGAAGUUCUGUCUAACAACCAAACGCGUUCAAAGAGGUGAGAGGUGACCCCACCUUGGUCCAGCUUUAGUGUCCUUAAUUAGUAAAGCGAAUGGCUGUGUUAGUGAACUCUUCUUGCUUUAAACGACAAAGCAAACUCCUCACGUGUGUCUGCUGGUGGUUCAAAAAAAAAAAAAAAAAAGAUAAAAAAAAGUAUGUUGGUCAUGUCCAGUGUCUCAACAAUUUCCUCUUGAGUCUUUCUAGCCGUUUUUUUGUUUGUUCGUGUAGGACGCUCUCCCCUUUUUAUUUAUUACCAUGACCCAUGUAUACAUGCUUAUGAAAAUCAAAUUUGAUACACCGAUAUCAAUUUAUUUAUGUAACUAAAUCACUGUUUUAUAAUCUUGGUAAUGAGUCAAUUAUUGAUUUUUUUUUUUUUUUUUUUUGAUUUUGUUUUAAUAAAAGGGGUCAUAUUAUGAUUUGUUUAGUUUUUUUACAUUUAAAACACUUCCUUGUGGUCUACAUAACAUGUGAUGGUGCUUCUUUUGCUCAAGAUUGUGCAUAGAUGAUGUUUUACAGAUCAUCUUCAAGCCGCUUUCUGACCGUCUCUUCAGGAUGUGCCGUUUUGUGGGCGGUCUCAUUUACGUGCCUCCACUUCGACCGCGCUUCCAUUAGGACUCU